AUGAAGAAGGUGAAACUACAAUCCUUGAGAAGGCAAUAUGAACUUCUCUCUAUGACAGAAAAGGAGAUUGUGGCAGAGUAUUUUUGCAGAUUGCAAGUGAUCACCAAUGCCAUGAGAGUGUGUGAUGAGAACAUAGAAGACAACAGAAUUGUAGAGAAAGUUUUGAGGACUUUAACUCCACGGUUUGACCACGUUGUGGUGGCAAUAGAAGAGUCAAGGGAUCUUGAUGUUAUGACAAUAGAAGAACUGCAGAACUCUUUUGAAGCACAUGAACAGAGAGUGAAUGAAAGGAAGAAUGGUGAGAAGGUGACUGAACAGGCUCUAUAG